CUUCACACAAUUUAGUGUCAUUAGUAGCGCGACUGAAGCAAGAAAAUUCAUUUCAAUUGGAACUAGCGUCCGAAGUAGAUACUACUUGCAGUUAUCUUUCGCAUCGAGGCUUGCCAACGAGCACGUUCAAAGCAGAUAAUUUACAAUCGGAACAUUCGUGUGCAGACAUUAAGAAGCAAAAUCUUGGUAACAACCUAUAGUAUCGACCUGUCCACGCGAUGAGCCAAAUAACAGUGGUAGAUGGCGAUUUCACCGCGCACUUACGUCGCUAUUUGGAUAAUACUAUUUCACAAGAUCCAGUGUGCGAGCUAAAAGCCCUCGUGUAUGAUCGGUUCGCCGUGUACAGAACGCACUUGGAUUUUCUGCGUGCCGGUGCCAAGAUAAUAAGAACCAACACGGCCCGAGUGACCCCAAUUUCUGUGGCAAGACACUUGGAGAUCUUCGGGUCAGAAGCUCACUCUAUUAUUACAAUUGCCGUAGAACUGGCCCAAAAGGCCGUAUUCAAGUAUUACGAGGAAAUAGGUGGCGAUACUUCCAAUGUCGAACAAUUUAAGAAAUGCCGGCCUCUAGUUGCCGGCCAUUGCGCUAGUUAUGCCGUGUCGAGAUUAGAUAGUAAUGGGCCUGUAAAUUACUGGAGGAACGUCGAGGAACAAGAUUUAGUAAAGUGUCAUCGAGCCCGCAUACAAAUAUUAUUGAACAGUGGUGUCGAUCUGUUGGCCUUCGAGAAUAUACCCUGCAGGAUGGAAGCGGAAGUACUUGUGGACUUGCUGCGGCAGUUUCGAAACGCUCGUGUCUGGAUGUCGUUCGUAUGUUGCAACGAUAAGAAACUGUUGGAUGGAAGUUCCUUUUUAGAGAUGGCUACGUAUUGCUAUUUUUCCCUGCCCGAGCAAGUCCUCGCGAUCGGUGCGAUAUGCCCUAGUCUGGAGAAUGAGAUAUCAUUGUUGGAAAAUGUUUACAUUAAUUCAUUUGAGAACAAUAUUCCCAUGAUAAUGUAUCUUCAAGGAAAGAACGAGAAAAAAAAGACAAGAAAAUAUGCGAUGCAUUGGGUGGAAGAAUUUAUGAGCCUCGGAGUGAUCUAUAUCAGCGGUAAAUCCGGAGCAACCGCAGAAGAAAUACGACUUCUUCACAAUGCAGUGCAAGAAUCCCUUGGCUUCGCGAGACCCAACUCUGUCGCUACUAAGACAUGCUCCCAAAAUGAAGAGAAUAAACCGAAGCUAUGAUCUUUUCGUAUUCGUGUGCUUUAUGUUUGAAUAGACAGUUUGAAUAGAAGAUUAAUACAAUCGAAAAAUACACACGGUUUGCUAUGUACGGUUGCUAUGUUUGCCCUACCAUUCUCUCGAUCGAAAGUUAUACGAUUUUUAGCCUUACAUGUAACGCUUGAGAUUGAACAUCGGAUAAGUUAUAAUGUUAUAAUGGUUAUAACGGUAGAGUUAUAAUUGAUCUAAUUAUAAUAAUUUCAACCUUAUUCGUAACCAUAUUAAUCGUGUUUACAAAUAAGAAACACGUUA